AUGGCUCCCAGUAGUCAUAUAUUAGAAAAUGUCUGGGGCCUCUCAGAAACUGCAUCUGGUAGUGAGCAACAGUCCACAGCGAAGCCAGGUAGGGGAAAAGAGCAAAUAAGCAGCAGUGACAGCUUCUCAGGAUGGGAAUCUAUCUUUUCACUUUGGAAGCUGAUUGGCAGCUGGCUGGAGUGGGGGAAUGUUCCACUUCCUAAGGAGUUAAGAACUGAGGAGCUCCGAAGCGGCACGGAAGAGUCGUCUCCAGAGCCCAUCUGCUCCCCGAUGAAGAAGAGCUUCUUCAGCUUGUGGAACGCCAGCCCGCCGGUGGACGGCGGGCCGGAGCCGGGGUACCACCUGCGGGACAGAGACCUAGGCAAGAUCCACCUGGUGGCCAGCGCGGGCAAUGUGACCAAAGUGCAGCAUCUGCUCUUGCUGGGGAAGAGCGGCCCCAAGGAGAGGGACAAGAUGCACAGGACAGCUCUGCACUUAGCUUGUGCCUGUGGCCAUAAAGAGGUAGUCACUCUCCUAGUGGAGAGAAAAUGCCAGCUGAACCUCUAUGACAGUGAAAACAGGACAGCGUUGGUUAAGGCAGUACAAUGUCAGAAAGAGGAAUGUGCCACAAUUCUGCUGGAACAUGGUGCGGACCCGAAUCUGCAGGACAUCAGCGGUAAUACUGCUCUACACUACGCUAUCUCCAGUCAGAACAGGGUCAUAGCUGCCAAGCUGCUGGCACAUGAUGCAGACAUUAAAAUAAGUAACAAGGAUGACCUCACGCCAGUUUCACUGGCUGUCAAGGAAAACAAACAGGAAAUGGCAGAUUUUUUUAAAAAGGAAUCAAAUAGAUAUGCAUUAGGAAAAAUGCAAAGCAGUUGCCAAGUGACUUCUGAAUAUGCACUUUAAAACAUACCUAAACAUUCUCUUCAAAAACAAUCCAGAUUUUCCAGUAAACCUGGCAUUGAAUAUUCAUGGCCUAUAUCUGAUGAUGACUUUGAUUUUGAAGUCAAGACUGUCCAGAAACCAAACUUAACAAAGCUAAUGGCUGUUUCCGAGCACUCUCAGAAAAACCAAGCAAAAGGUGGCACCGUGAGACCGCAAAGAGUCUUAUUUGAGGAUGAAUCUGAAUCUGAAAAUGAAGAUGUGCUUGAAACAUUUCCCGGAUCUUCAGUCAAAGUCCAAGACACUUCUCAUCCUGACUUACUGUCACCCGAACCUGUUCUGAAGCCUUUGAAACCUUUUGCAACCCUUGAUCUUCCAGAUGAAAGACCUAUAAAGUCAGCAGUUGAAAAAGAAAAAAAUGAUAUUGAAAGUGUGUCACAAGCCCAAACAAAAAAUGACAAUUUGCCAUGUGUUGAUGAAGCUCACAAAAAAAGAAGUGAAAUGCUGUCAGCACUGGGAUUAGGAGAAGAGGAAGAUAUAGACUCACCUUGGGACUCUGAGAGUAUUUCUGAGAGUCUACCACAGAAGUAUGUUUAUCACUUAUCAGCAACUGCAAAUCAAAGAGAAAAAAGUACACUAAAUGGACAAGUAGAAGAUGUUUUAUAUAUUCCUUCUUUCAUGAGUGGAUAGAACUUUAAGAUGGCUAAAAUAGAUGAUACCAGAAAUAGAGACUUUCCAGUUGCCCACCUAGAAUCUCUUGAAAACUACCACCACUUGAAGCCUUCUAUUGAAGUGAAAGACUCCAUUCCUAAUAAAUCAUUCGGAAUAAAGGAUGUUCAAACAGCUCAACCAGAUUUGCCACCUGAACUAGACUUAGACAUGGCACCAGAGGAGGAUCAAGAAAGACUUGAUGAACAUGAAAAUAACCACUUGCAUGUUGAUGAAGAAAAGAAGAAAAACAAAAACAGUGAAAGCCUCCAACAAGAAAACACCUAUGAAGGUGCUACUACUGGGUUAGUUCAACCCAUAAAGAGCAGAAACACUGUUCUCCAGGAAUUUCCUAUUUUGGAAAAUAAAGAGUCUGACAGGUUGCUCGUGAAGGAUGUAGAAGGAAAAGAAAAUGAAAAAUGGACUUUGAAAGAACCAGUGGUUGCAUCAGUAAUGGAGAAGGCUGAAUCGCUGGGUAGUAAUUCACCACAUGAAGUGAAUGAUGACAGCAUUUUAAGGGAAGUGGAUCAAAAUGGGAAGGUCAGACAUCAGAUUAACUCUGUGGAUGACUUUGGUGAAUUACCUGAGUCAUCUGAAACAACUUCAGAGGACUGUUCGCUACCUUCCUCUAAUUAUAAGAAUUCUAUGUUAGUAAUUGAAAAACUUGGCAAGGAUUGUAAAGAUUCUGUUAGCUUAUUGAAAAUUCAGGAUGCAGUUCUUUCAUAUGAAAGGUUAAUAGAACUGAAAAAAAUCAUUGUGAACUACUUACAGGAAAAAAUUUAAAAAAUGAGAAAUAAGGUUAGUGGACUUCAAAAGGAGCUAUCAGAGGCAAAAGAAACAACAUCACAACUAGAACGUCAAAAUGUGGAAUUGGAGCAAGAACUUUGCAGUCUGAGAUUUUCCUUGGAACAAGAGGAAGAGAAAAGACAAAAUGCUGAGAUGUUACUGGAAAAAAUUAGAGAGCAGUUAAGAAAAACAGAAGAGCAGUGCAAUAAAAAAGUUAUUCAACAGCAACUUGAACUCAACCUAUGGAUACUAGACAUGGAAUUAAGGACUGUGAGAAAUCAUUUGAGCCAGGUUGUAGAAGAACGAAAUAAAACUGAGAGACAACUUUCUCAAGAACAGAAUGCCAGAGUAUUACAAGAAGGCAUUUUGAAUAGUCACCUUUCCAAACAAAAGGAGCUAGAAAUGUCUUAUAAGAAAAUGAAUUCUGAGGUGGUUGUGAGACAACUUCAGCAAGAACUGGCUGAUAAUCUAAAGAAGCAAUCUAUGACAGAGGCUCCGCUGGAAGUUGUAGCCCGUUACUGCACUAACUUAGAGGAUGAGAAGAAGGAUUUAAAGAGGAAGUUUCAAGAAGUCCAGGAUCAACAUACAGAGGCUGUACAAGCAGCAUCUCAAGAAAACUUAGAACAGUUAAGAGAGAAUAAUACUUCUUUGAGAAGUCAAAUGAAACUCAGAAUUAAAGAGCUGGAAUCUGAACUUUCUAAAAUGAAAACUCAGGAAGUCCCAAAUAGAAUAGAAUUGGAAAAAUACAAGCGACAAAUUAGAAAUUUGGAACAUGAAUUCAUCAAAAUGAAAUCUCAGGAAGAGUGUAAUAAAAUAGAAUUGGAAAAAUAUAAGCAACUCUUCCUAGAAGAAAUGAAAGUUAGAAAAUCCUUGGCAAAUAAGCUAAAAAAUCUUCACAGAGAUAAUGAGAGGCUUGCCAAGGUCAUCAGCACUAAACUCCUGGUGGAGAAACAGCAAAGCAGAUCUCUGCUGAGUACCCUGACUGGCAGGCCAGUUCUGGAGCCUCCUUAUAUGGGAAAUCUCACUAACAGUGCAAGGCUGCCCAGAAAUCUGGCUUCAAGAGAAAACAUCCUAUUUCCUUCUGCCAACCCACGACCUCCAGAUGGCAGCAUGGAGACUUUCUUGUUCCAGAUGCAGCAAGAAUUGGAAAAAAGUAUCAAUAGAGAACUGGAAGAAGGUGCUGCUGAAUUAGAAUCUGGAUCCUAUAGAUCUCUUCCAAGAUCUAUUGAAGCACAGAAUCUAACUCAGGAUCUACUUUGGAAAACAUCACGAGAAUAUGUAGAGAUUUUGAAAAAAAAUUAUCUGAUUUGAAAUUAUGAAGUUGUAUUUUGUGGCCUGUUUACAUAACAUUAAAAUGAUUUCCAUAUUAAAAAAAAGCAAAA